UACAAAUAUCAACUUGCGGCUUGAUUUUGAUCUCGGUCUUGCAGUUUUGCGUAAUUGAUCGAUAUCUCAAAAUGGCUGAACUGUCACUAGCUAUCGAUUCUGUAAAACAUUUGAUUUUUGAUUCUGAUGAUGAAAAAAAUGAUACCGAAUUAAGCAAAUUAUUCGAUUCUUGUUUACGAUUGCGCGAGUUGAUGGAAGACAGCAGCUUGCCGUCAAAUGAUAACGAGUUACAGGAAGGUGUUCAUGUUUGCAUUAAAGGUUUAGAAAAAUGCACAUUUAUGGUUAAUGAACUUGGAUUAUUUAGUUCCAAUGAAACUGCAGAUGAACUUCAAACUUCCAGUAUUAAAUAUCUUAUUCUUCCUGCUGCUUUGGGAUGUCUGAACUUAACUGUCCAAAGCAUAGAUUUAUUAGAAAGAAAAGAAUAUGUAGAAAAAGCAGAAAUAUACUUUAGGGACUUCUUACUCAGAUGUGCUAAUUAUGAAUUAUGUGAGACCAGUUUGAGAUAUUUUAAAGAGAUUUUGGACUGUGAAACUAGUGAGAAAAGACCAGAUCCUCAAUCUUUAAGAGAACAAAAGAUCCAGCAGUAUAAGCGAAAGAAGGAAUUAGAAGAAAAAGAAAAAGCAUUAAAACCUGCCUUGGAGAAACCAGAAUGUGAAGAAGCUAUUAGAGAAUACUAUUUUGUUCUUUUAGAAAAGUGGAUUCUUAUUUCAAUUGAAGAAUUAGAAAAUUCAAAAAGGGAGAAGGAUAUUUUAAAGAAUUUUCCAUUGAAUGAAAUGCCAAGGGAUGAUAAACAUAAUCGGAAAGCAGAUACAAAACCUUUGAAACCCUUUAUUAUAACCAAGAAUGAAAUACAGAAAAAAGUCUUUGGUUUGGGAUAUCCCAGUGUUCCUGUGAUGACUAUUGAUGACUUUUAUCGGCAGAGAUUUGAGAAAAUGGUGGAAGAGCAUAAACAAAAUACAACUGGACAAUCCUUACAGGAUGCAGCUCUUUCUGGAAGAGGUCUUGAUAAAGAAACUGAGGAUAUUCAAAAAGAAGAACUUUUAGACAAGGAUGAUCCAACCGAGUUGAAGAGAGCUAGGCAGUGGGAUGAUUGGAAAGAUGAUAAUCCAAGAGGAAGUGGAAAUAGGAUGAACAAGGGUUAAUUAAAUAUUUGGCUGGCAUUGAAUUGUAUAUAUACUUUCAUUUAAUGGAACUUUUCAAUUAUUAUUGAAAUAAAAUGCAUUUCAUAAUCA